CAACAUAUGUUUUUCAAGGAUUCAUCCAGGGUAAAGAUUAUGGACAAUUUGGACUUCAAAGAUUAGGUCUUAACAUGUCUGAGGGUUCAAAUACUUCUAAUCAACCACAUGGUACAAACAGUAGUUCAGUGGCCAUUGCUAUCCUUGUGCCUUUCUUUGCUCUUAUAUUUGCUGGUUUUGGCUUUUAUCUUUAUAAACAAAGGACUGCACCUAAAACACAGUAUACAGGAUGCUCUGUACAUGAAAAUAAUAAUGGACAAGCUGCUUUUGAAAACCCCAUGUAUGACACAAAUGCAAAGUCUGCGGAAGGGAAAGCGGUACGAUUUGACCCCAACUUGAACACCGUUUGCACAAUGGUAUAAUGUGGUAAUGAUAUGUCUUCAGAGUCUAGAAACUGACACACAACAAAGUGCACACACAAUUCACUUAUUAAAAAAAAAAAAAAAAAAAAAAAUUAAAGCACACUUUUCAGGAUAUACUGGGUCACCUUUUCCUGACAACGAUAGACAAGAAUGGGUUGUGGUUAUUUUGUUUUGAUUUUGUUUUUAAUAAACUGGAUCAGAAUUCUUCUUCGUGUAUACCAUGGAGAGUUUUAAAAACAUUUGCUGCACUCCAUGAGUGCUACUCACAGUUUAUUUGCUUUUUUAAAAAAGGAGGUUAUUCUAAAACAUA